GUGACCAUGGAGACAGAUUUGGCUGAAAUGCCUGAGAGGAGAGCUUUGCCUUCCCAGGAUUCUCCAUUUUUCCAAGAGAGGAGCACAGAAGAAAUGGCAUCUCUGUGCCUAACAGCCAGCUCCCAGGAACCAAUGACAUUCAAGGAUGUGGCCAUGGAUUUCACCCCAGAGGAAUGGGGAAAGCUGGAUCCUGCACAACGGGAUGUGAUGCUGGCGAACUAUAGGAACCUGGUCUCGCUUUGGCUUCCAGUUUCCAAAGCUGAGAAUUACAAUUUGGAGAAUGGAAAAGAGCCAUGGAUGUUUGAGAGAAAAAACCCCAAAAGCAGCUCUACAGACUGGGAGGCUAGACCUGAGAGCAAGCAAUCAACUUCCAUGCAAGAUUUUUCCAAAGAAGACUCAUACCAGGUUACAAUAAUAGACAGACUGACAAGUAGUAGUACGUAUGACUCCAACUUGGAAACAGCUCUAGAUUGUGAAAGUUGGUCAGAGAAUCAGCCAGGAAAUCAGGAGAGGCAUUUGAGAGAAAUGUUCACCCAUACAACUCCAUCCCCCGGGGGAAAAGCUCAUGAACAUGAUGUGCGUUGGAAACCAUUCAGUCAAAAGUCUGCCCUCACUGAAGACAGAGUUCCCAAAGGAUCCUGUGCUUUUAGUAAACUUGAAAAAAAAUUAAAACAGAAAUCAAAUUUAAUGAAAAGGCAGAGAAACCAUAAAGAGAAAAAGCCUCACAAAUGUAAUGACUGUGGUGAACUCUUCACUUACCAUUCAGUACUUAUUCGACAUCAGAGAGUUCACACUGGAGAGAAGCCCUAUACCUGCAACGAAUGUGGGAAAUCUUUUAGCCACAGAGCUAAUUUAACCAAACAUCAGAGGACUCAUAACAGACUGCUCUUUGAGUGCAAUGAAUGUAAGAAAACCUUCAUAGAAAGUUCAUCCCUCGCUAUACAUCAGAGAAUUCACAUUGGCGAGAGACCUUACGAAUGCAGUGAAUGUGGGAAAGCCUUUAAUCGAAGUACCCAUCUUGUUCAGCACCAGUUGAUUCAUACCGGAGUGAAGCCUUAUGAAUGCAAUGAAUGUGAUAAAGCUUUUAUUCAUUCAUCCGCACUCAUCAAACACCAAAGAACUCAUACUGGGGAGAAGCCCUACAAAUGUCAAGAAUGCGGGAAAGCCUUUAGCCAUUGUUCAUCCCUUACUAAACAUCAGAGAGUUCAUACUGGAGAAAAGCCGUAUGAAUGUAGUGAGUGUGGAAAAACUUUCAGUCAGAGUACACAUCUUGUUCAGCAUCAGCGAAUUCAUACUGGCGAAAAACCUUAUGAGUGCAAUGAAUGUGGAAAGACCUUCAGUCGGAGCUCAAAUUUUGCUAAACAUCAAAGAAUCCAUAUUGGAAAGAAGCCCUACAAAUGCAAUGAAUGUGGAAAAGCCUUUAUUCAUUCUUCAGCUCUUAUUCAACACCAGAGAACUCAUACUGGAGAGAAACCCUAUAGGUGUAAUGAAUGUGGGAAAAGCUUCAAAUGCAGUUCAUCUCUCAUCAGACAUCAAAGAAUUCACACUGAAGAACAGCCCUGAGAAGACAGUGAAUGUGAUGAAAGUAA